CUCGCCUGUACAUCUCAGUUGCCAUACCGAGAGCGGUCAAGCGGCCAAGCCAUCAAUACGUUCGUUCUCUAGUCACAUCGGGUUUGAAGAGUCAAAAGUACCGGUACCUGUACUCCAAAUAUGUACGAUUUCUACACCCCCCUCAAUUCCUUCUUCCCAAUUGGAACCAAUAACGGUGUUGACGUAUUGUGCCUUAUGCAGUCUCAAUACUGCGGGAUUCUCCCACUUCGUUGGAGGGACUAACCUGGCAAUCAUCGACUACCCAGUAGCUUUGGCAGCUCCGGCCUGAAGCUGAUUCGCUGCUGCACACAGCCUUAUCUUGGACUAAUCAAAGUUGUCCAAGAAUUGAGUAUCGAUACCACCUAGAGAUCUGCGAAAAAGAGCUUCGCUGUCUCCGCUGAAGAACGAUUCCGAUCGAGUGGGAUAUCAUGGCUGUCGUGGCCAUGCAACGCCCAAUUUCUGGCCCCAGUCCAGUACUACCGAUUUCAUCCCCUCAUAUUCGACCAUCGCCGGUCUCAUCCCAGACACAAUCCAACCGGCCGUCGCAUAUGUCAAGGGAGAAAGAGAAUGCUGUUCAGCUGAAACCCGCGACCAUCAACGGAGCGACGAACAUUCGUAGUCGCCGUGAAAGACCUUGCGACGCCUGUCGUCGUCGGAAGAGUCGGUGCGUUAUCCACGAAGGGAAAAUCCUCUGUGUACUGUGUGAGUUCCACCACCAGGAGUGUACUUUCGUACAGAGUCCUCUACCUCGAAAGCGGAAGUUACCCAAUGGGAAUGCGAGUAACGGGGAAGAGACCAAGAAAAGAUCCACUGAUGAAGGUAAACGGCAAAAUAGGAAUACAUCGCCCACACCAAAGGUACUAUCCUCACAUUCAUACCUUUCCAAUCAUCUCUCUAAAUCUGGGUCAAACGUGGCCAUCUCCCCAAACCUCAACCGCGAUCUUGAAAACGGUGCCAACAAACUCCUUGGUGAAACCCUUGGUUUGCAACGACGAAAGUUCAGUCGGUACAUUGGCCAGACCACCCCCUUCGACCCGUCCCUCAUUUCGCUGAGUAUAUUCGACACCCAUAAUGAAUCACGAUUCGACUUGGGAACAUUACGAAAAGUGAACGAUCAUGAAUGUUUCAUUAUGUUACCUGACGAGUGCUCACAAGAAUAUGGCGAGGAUUCCGAGGCGCUUUCCGCCGUCGAACAACUGGUGCAUCCACAUGGCAGCAAAUUGAUCUCUCUUUAUUUCGAGAUCGUCCAUCCGAGCUUCCCAAUCAUUCAGAAGCGGAUCUUUUUAGAGCGACUUCUAAAUGGUGAUCCGGCCUCCUCUCCCACACUUCUUGCGGGCAUGUAUCUUUUGGCGUUAAAUUGGUGGUCUCAUGAUCCCACACUCGCAUCACUUCCUCGUCCCAAUACAAUUGCCCUGGAAUCCAUUGCGAUGCGCAGCCUUGCGGCAGCAAUGACACGUCCGAAACUAAAUACCGUCCAAGCCGGAUUGCUCCUGCUUCAGAGGCCCGAGGCAGAUUCCUGGUCUCUCACCACCCAACUGGUGGCGAUCGGCCAAGAUUUGGGCUUACAUCUCGACUGUAGCAGUUGGAGUGUCCCGGCUUGGGAAAGGGGUUUACGAAAGCGGAUUGCAUGGGCCUUGUAUAUGCAAGAUAAAUGGAGUAGCCUGAUUCACGGCCGCCCGAGUCAUAUAUUUCCUGCCAAUUGGGCCGUCAAACCUAUCGCGAACCAGGACUUCGAUGAGAGCAACAGCACUGCAGUUGAUGUUGGAGAACUGGGGAUCACAGAAGAGGAGCUCGACGAGGCUGCAAAGGGACAGGUGCUUUUUGCCGAGAUGAUCGGUUUGACCGCAAUCAUGGGUGAGAUUAUGGACACCUUCUAUACGCAGACGGCGAUACGCGAUUUCAAGGAUGCUGGUUUGCAAAGUACCCAAUUGAUCUUGGAACGAGCGAAACCCGUCCAGAUUCGCUUGAAGGACUGGUUUGCCAAACUCCCCCCGGCAGCACGGAUGGACAACUAUCAACCGGGCGUAUUGAGCGGAACAGGCUUUCUGCACCUGGCUUAUUUCGCCACAGAAAUCACUCUGCAUCGACGUAUCGUCCAGUCACUGUCGACACUACCCCUUCCGGCGACGAUUGCCUCCGCAUCAUCCAUAAGCACGACGUCCAACCCAACUGCAACGAGUUCGAUUUCACGUUCCAUGUCCCCUAGCCUCAACGCCUCGCCCACGCCUCCGACAUCAGUUCCAUCCUCCACCACCCCAUCCUCCGGGGCAAUGAAUCCCGGACCAUCCCCACAUAUCGAUCCUUACUUGAUUUACAUUUGCCGGUCCGCAGCGAAAACAAGACUGAUCUCUGCAAUGGACUUUGUAAACCGGCUCAAACCCGAACAUCUACAAUCGUUCUGGUAUUUUCCAUCCAAAAUCAAUUUCACUUUGAUUGGCACUUUUGGUUCGCUUCUCUGGGCCACCGCUCCAGCUCGCGAAGAGGCCGAGUUUUACAAGCAUCGUCUCGCGGAGUAUCGCUGGACAUUAGGCGUGUCCCGUGGAAAGGUGCGAAUGCGGGCAUCCCAUACAACCGGUAGCAGUGAAGGUGCUAUUUACGGUGGUUUGCCCAACGGUUUGACAGAAGAUGGUGAGGGGUUCCUCGAAGGGGCAGUCCGGAUGCUCGACGCAUCUCGUACUGUGCUCUCGAAUCUUGCGGAAAAACCAUCGCUCGCUCAAACCGCCAUAUCUCGCGCCGGAGUUCCCGCCCCCGAAGUAACCGUCACCGAUCUUGCGAGUGAUUCGGAUGAAGAUGGAGAUUUUCCGGACGUUGAAAUGGCCGAAGCACCUUCCAUGAAUCCUCCACGAACUUAUUCCGAGUCGGUUCACCGGCAGACUGGCAUUCCCAACCAGCAUGUCUACCAGAAGGGACCUUCUGGUAGGGGCUGCACGGAGCAGUUCAACCCAUCCAUGGGAUCCGGUGCCCCUCAAUUCGUACCACCGGGAUAUUCCGGAUCUCAAAGCCGACCCGAGCCCCCAAUGUCCGGGGAGAUGGAAAAGGAGUCCCUUGCUCAGUUUCAUUCUCGAGAUGUAUUUCGAGGAUUCGAAACGGUUAAUGAGCGGCAAUUCGGCCAACCCAAGUAGGAUUAGUUUCAUGCCGUCUGACGAAUAGAUUAUGCACUGCUAUGCUGUUAUGUAUGAAUGGAACGACUCAUGACCGGCGUGGCACUGGUAUCGUUGUCAGUGCUAGGUGGAGGUUCUUCAAGUGCCAACAAUUGAUAUCGUGAUGAUACAAUUGACAUUCGUUUCAGUACCAGUACCCGGGCUUUGAUAGUGACAUGCGCUCGUUACGGAGUACAUUUAGCUGAAGCAAAGGCAUUGAACCUCGGUCGGUAGUCACAACUGCCUUGCCCGAGAAAAUAUACGGAAUUUAAAUGCUC